UCAAAGCCCAGACGGGUCGCUUCCAUGCUUUCCAAGGCUGCAUGUUUCAUACUAAAAGUCUAAUUCCAAAAUUCAAUUCUCAGUCAAACUACAAAUCUCCUGGAAACACCACCACAUUUCCAUCCCUUGCCUUUGAAACUUAUUUACGCGUCUUUUCGAUCUUAAGGGAAAAUAUCGCCUUGAUUCUGUGGAGUUUCGUGUCAAUCAGAGUAAAUCUUUUUCAGUCUCCUGUAUAACCCUGACUCUUAUCUGUUUCUUCUUCAUUUUACCAUACCAAAUCUUAUCUUUGGUUUUUCUUGCAUCUUCUGCAGUUCCUCUCUGUUUAGCAGUUAAAUUCUGUGUGAGAUAUAGACUCGGGUAUUGUUUGAGAUAAAACUAAGUGCUUGAAGAAUAAUGGGAGGUGUUUGUUCUUCUGGAACAAAGGAGCGGAAUACAAAGCUUGAACAAAAGACCACAACAGGAUUUUCAGGGAAGCUCAAGUCCAAAAGGAGCUUUGGUAAGCAAAAAGGAAAUUCAGAUUCACAUUCCCAUGCCAAUGGCAGUGGUUCCGACAAAACGCGACAGUGGGACGAUUCUGGUGACUUGGGAUUACAAUUUUCCCGGGAAUUGAAGUCAUCGACACCCGCCAGGAUUGCAUUUUCCAAGGGUUCCCAGAGGAACUCAUAUCUUGGAAAAGCCGGCAUUGUUGGAUUAGAAAAGGCAGUCGACGUUCUAGAUACACUUGGAAGUAGCAUGUCAUAUUUGAAUGCAGGGAGUGGCUUUGUUACGGGCUUGGCUUCAAGAGGGCAGAGAAUAUCUAUGUUGGCAUUCGAAGUGGCUAACACAAUAGCUAAAGGAGCAAGCUUAUUGCAGUCACUUUCAGAAGAAAACAUUCAGUUCCUGAAAAAGGAGGUCCUACAAUCAGAAGGGGUGCAAAAGCUAGUUUCUACAAACAUGAAUGAGCUGCAAAGUAUUGCAGCAGCUGACAAGAGGGAUGAAUUGGAUAUUUUUUCGCGUGAAGUAAUAAGGUUCGGAGAUCGAUGUAAAGAUCCACAAUGGCACAACCUCGGCCGAUUCUUUUCAAAACUGGAUGUAGGCAAUUCACUUCAUAAACAAGCUAGAGCUGAUGCAGAGCAGACAAUGCAAGAACUAACUUCUCUUGCUCAGUAUACCUCUGAAUUGUACCACGAAUUGAAUGAUCUGGGAAGAUUUGAACUAGAGGUUAAGCGAAAGCUGGAAGAAGCGGAGUCCUUAAAUCUCCCUAAAAGAGGACAAAGUCUCAUGAUUUUACAAAGUGAGUUAAAACAACAAAGAAAGCUUGUCAAGAGUUUGAAAAAGAAAACACUUUGGUCUAGAACCUUGGAAGAGGUCGUAGAGAAGUUUGUGGAUAUUGUUACUUACAUGCAUCAAGCAAUCUCUGAAGCCUUUGGAGUACCGGCGUCAGUUACAAAGGAGACCACUGAAAAUCCUCAAAGUUUAGGUGCUGCUGGACUUGCACUACACUAUGCUAAUGUAAUUCAUCAGAUUGAUAACAUUGCAGCUCGCCCAGCCUACCUUCCACCUAAUAUCAGGGACACAUUAUACCGUGGGUUGCCACCCAGUGUUAAGACAUCUUUAAGGUCCAGGUUACAGUCCACUGACACCAAGGAAGAGCGCUCAAUUUCACAGGUUAAGGAUGAGAUGGAAAAGACACUACAGUGGCUUGUUCCGGUUGCCACAAACACAACCAAAGCACAUCAAGGUUUUGGAUGGGUUGGAGAAUGGGCAAACACUGGCAUUGAAUUUGGGAAAGGUGGAGCCGCAAAUAUUACUCUGACCCGCCUUCAGACACUUCAUCAUGCAAAUAAACAGAAGACAGAUGCAUACAUCCUUGAAUUGGUGACAUGGCUCCAUCAUCUGACCAGCUUAGCAAAACAAAGAGAUCAGAGCUUCAAGCCAAAGCCAGUUCGGUCUCCGACUUAUAAAGGCUUUGUUUUUCACUCUAAGAUGCAGCGGUUUCUUUCCCUCGAAGAUGGUACUAAAGUCCAGAGGAUUGAACUUUGUGAAGAAGAAAGAAACUUAUUAAACAAGGUGACUGCAAGGAGAUUGAUUCCGGGUGUUAGCAAAAGCCAAGAACUUCCUUUAGGCAAAAGCAAAGGGAUCAAAGUUUGGGCAUUAAGCAGGAGUACUGGGAACUCUCCUGAUAGGAGUUUUAGGGCAAGAAAACUUUUGAAGCAUCCCCAUUCAAACAUAUUGGAUGUUAUGGAUGGUUUAGAUCUAGCAACUUGAGAGUGGCAUUAAAAACUUUUCACCCUAGCUUCUUGUCAUAACUCAUAAAUUCUUACUUAUUCUAUUGUAUAGGUUGUCAUUUUCCUUGUGAGUUUUGUUUUAGAUGUAUUUAAUAAGUAAUAAAAUUCAAAAAAUACAUUUGCUCCUA